CGCUGUUGCUUAUGUCGUCGACAUUAUUGUUUGCGGAUGACGUGAAAAUCCUUAUUACCGAAGACUGAUUUGACCGCUUUUGCAAAGCUGACGAAUUGUCGAGGUGACGCGCCAAUCAUUUAACGACGAUUUGACCUUCAAGGGCUCAGUAACCUUUGUCAGUGGUCGGUCCCUUUGAAUAUUUGCCGAUUCCGUUCCAAUUUGUUACAUGAACUGAUGUGUUAUCGGUGAAUAGCCGUUUGAAAGAUAUUUCGUGUAAAUGGCUACUAGUCCGCUGAAAUCUCUAGUGGAUACAACAAACAGGGAUUAUCCUUCAACCUUAAAGUUUUGCAUGUGUUGUUCUGCCGCUUUUCUUUCAGAAACUAUCACCUACCCACUCGAUAUACUUAAAACUCGCAUUCAGGUUUAUGGAGAACUACAGAACUCAUCAUACCCUGGAGUUAUUAAAAUUUGUUCCUCUGUCAUAAGAAAUGAAGGUCUGUUUAAACUUUGGCAAGGAUUAUCUCCAGCACUCUUCAGACACAUAAUUUAUACAGGAGCAAGGAUGCCAAUCUAUGAAAUUAUUCGCCAAGAUAUUUUCCAUUUACCUCCUGCAAGUCAUUUCACUGUAAAAUCAACUAAGAAUUCUUUCUCAGAUAAGUCACAUGUUAUGCCAAAACAGAAACUAUCUGCCAUGGAAAAAACGAACACUGAACUAAUUUAUGAGAAUAAUUCGAAAUUUGUUAUUCAAGCAGCUUUUACUGGGGUAAUAGCUGGAUCUUUUGCUCAGUUCUUAGCAAGUCCCAUUGAUCUAAUUAAGUAAUUUUAUUGUUUCAUUCAGGUUCGGUUGCAAACAGAACGCAGAUGGAUGUCAGAACAACAUCUGAAUAAUUACAAACCUUCUAAGCCAACUGAAUUGCCUACUGGUCAUCAACGCUUAAGUUUUACACGUACAGCUAAACAAAUUAUUUCCGAGGGUGGAAUUAUUGGAUUGUGGCGUGGAGGAUUACCUAGUGUUCAACGUGCAGCUCUUGUGAAUAUGGGUGAACUUACCACUUACGACACAUCAAAGCGUUGGUUUGCCGUGCGUUUUCAAUUAGAAGAUGGUACGCUACUUCAUGUUUGUGCAUCGAUUACGUCUGGUUUUGUUGCGGCAGUACUUGGGACACCAGCUGAUAUGAUAAAAACACGAAUGAUGAAUCAACGUACAACAGCAUCGUCGUCAAUAAAUGGAAGCGGUCUAUUAUAUGCCGGAGUGAUUGAUUGUUUUCGUAAAACUGUUAAAAAUGAGGGAUUCUCUGCUUUGUACAAAGGUUUCUUUUUGAUAUGGGCUCGCAUGGUAAGACGUUUUAUUUUUAUCGAAUUUUUCUGAUGAUUAAAGGAAGUAAUUUUCACAGUUACUCACUGUUUCAUUUAAUGGUUGAUAAAUACAAAUAAUAUAAUAAGAUUCACAUACUCACACCUUUCGAGUUGCUAUGAUUCGUUUUCAUAUCUGCUUCCAAUUCCCGAUGCAGUGUGUUGUUUGGCGUUCCUUUUCACCAUUUCCCUUCAUGAUUCGAAGUUGGCACUUGCCUCAUGUUGCAACUUGAUGAUUUCCUCAAUGUCUAUCCUAUCCACUUCCAACGUCUUUUCCUAUUUUCCUCCUUCUUGUUUUUAUUUCUUGAAUCUUGUGUAGGUUUUCUGUAAAGAUCCAUUCCUUAUGAUGAUACUUGUUGCUGCCUCCUGGCACAUCCUGACACGUUGAAGUUAGCGUUUCUUUGAUCCGUUCCCCGUUGUCCUCCAUCGUGGUUUCUUCUUUCAGUAGAUCCUGUAGGGGUUGGAAGCUGUUGUUGAGAGCCAUCUUGAAUUGGCUGAGUUUGUCAGUGUCUCGAAAAAAAGCUGUAUUGAAAUUGUGUAAUGAUGUUUCCCCUGUUUUCCAGUUCUUUUUUAGCUUCAGUUUCAUCUUGGCAACCACUAUGUAGAUGGUGAUCUGAAGCUAUGUCGGCUUCUCUCCUGGUUCUCACGUAUCCGAUUGACCUUGUUAAUUUUCUACUGAUGCAAAUAUGAUCGAUGUGGUUCUGUGUAGUGUGACCCGGUGAGGUAUACCCAUGUAGCUUUAUGUAUGCGUUUGUGUGGGAAUAUUGUGUUGCCUGUAACCAAUUUGCUGGACACACAGAUUUGUAUGUAUAUAUAUAUAUAUAUCUAUUUUCGUUCCUUUCUCCUAGUCCAUGUCGUUCCAUGAUAUCUUGAUACGAGGUGUUGUUCAUUCCGACUUUGGCGUUGAGGUCUCCCAUCAGGAUGGUCAGGUCCCUUCCUUAGCACUUCGCUAUGAUUGAUUGCAUCUUCUCGUAGAACUGAUUUUUAUCGUCGUCUUUGCUGUCGUUGGUGGUUACAUAGCAUUUGGUCACAUUGAUUUUGAUUCUCUCUUUUUUUUAAGGAUGCUUUGAUGAUCCUGAGUCCAUGAGAUUCCCAUCCUAUGAGUGCUUUGCAUGUUUCUUUGACCAGUAUCAGAACAACUCCAUGAGUAUGUAGAGCAUUUCCCUCUUCGCGACCAGAGUACAGCAGCAUCUCUCCCGAAUCCGUCAUGUUCUGUUCAGCUUGGAUUCAGUGGGUGUCACUGAUUCUGAGCAGCGUCAAGUUGUAUCUCCUCCUUUGUGUUGCUAUUUGACUGGUCUUUCAGGUCUCCCACGUUGUCUAAACAUUUCGUGAGGCAUCGGCCUCAUGUGUUCCGCCGAAGAAUCUGGACUUUCAUCACUAGGCGUGACAAUUGUUUUGAAUGAAGAUCCUUCAACUCCCAGUGCAUAGUUGAAGAUGUCUAAUUUAUUUGAUCUGGUUGGCAUUUUUAUGGAGAUUGUUUUUUAUGGGAUUUGGUUGCUGACCCCAUGCCCAACCCUCCUUUACUCGGUCUUGAGAACGGCAGUAGCCGUAGAAGAGCUAUAUGCGGAGUUAAUGAUGAAUACAACUUAUUUGAAACUGUUCGGUUGCUUUAGUGGGAAUAUUUCGGUGCAGCCAUGCACAUACUUUUGUACACUCGACUUUAAAGUGAAUUUUUUAUUGUGUAUGAUCAUGAUUGUAACUAGUAGUAGUAAUAGUGUAGUGAAUAGAACACGGGUGGGGACAAUCGGAUUGUAUUUAGUACAAAAUUACAGAGUUACUCGGUAUAAUAGAAAAACCAUAUAUUAAAUCGUUAGUUUGCAAAAUAUCAAUCCGUCAUAGCAAACCGGACUCUUCCUGUUGCAAUCAUCAAUCCAUUGUCUCAUGCAUUCAUGCGUUUUCUUACAAAUUGCAUUGUGUUCCCGCUCUUCCUUUCUUGAUCUUCCCCCAUCUUCUGCUGCCAGACAUUUUGUUUUUAACUCGCGUCAUAUACUACUUACAUCACUAUAAGUAGCACGCACCACAAUAGUACUAAACUGUAAAAACUGUAAUAGAUUAUGGAAUGAAUUUCAGACUUCCUACUCGAAAUUCGAAGAUUGAAUUCUUUCAACACAUUAUGUCUUGAGAGAAUUUCUAUUUUUAUCAAUGAACGGAUUUUUCACAUAACUAUACUUGAUCAUGUAUGUGUUGAUUUGUUAAUUCAGUUUCUUAAAUAGGAAAGUCUUUUUUUUCAGGGCUGAAUUAAUAUUUAGUCAUUGUAGCACUGUGUAUUACUACUACGCGCUUAAAUGAUUUAUUCUAACUUGCGGAUAAACAAAUUAUUCUUGUCUUUUAGAUUAUUAUAUCACAUAUUUUCACCUGUCAACUGCUGAUGUAUCGCCUUGAUCCUUUUUUAUACAUGUAUGAGCGAUUGUAUGUAUGCUUUUGCGUAAUUGCUUAUAUCUCAUGCUUAUAAAAUUCUGGGUCAGUAUUAUUAUGUAAUUCGCUGUAUUACCGAAUAACAAUAAAGCAUUGAAGUUCGGUAAUACAUUCUCUCCAUUUUUUAUCGCUUGUCUACCGUUCAACAUUUACAUGCCUGAAGUACAAGUAUCCUUAGUACAAUUUGUACUCAACUUUUAUCAUCAUUUAUGAGUGUUAAGAUUAGGUGCUAGAUUUAAGAGUGUUAGGGUUAGAUCAUGUAAUCAGUGUUUGAGAAUACUUCGUGCAUUAUUUGCCGACUCUGGGACUGGUUGGAAGAAGCGGAGAGGUGGUCAGUGCAUGACAUGGUGUCGUGGCAUGAAAGAAAGCUGCAAAGGACUGGCUUCUGUUGUUCCUUCACGACUCCCUGGUUGGGGUCUGAGAGAUGGUGCUACACAGUGGCUAGAGACGUUAUCAGAUAUGGCUCAGAAUAGAAGCCAGUGGCGAUCCUGCUGUAACCUUCUUUUACUUUCUUCAUAAAAAGUGGUUGUGUCUCCCUUACCUGAAAGAUUUCUUCCGAUUGUACCUUUGAGUUCCCUGAUUACUAGCACAUUACCUUACACCAAUCUCUUCGUUAUCGUUCUCUUUUUUUUUACGCUCCUUACCUUUUUUUCUCUUCGAAUUCUCAUUGUUUUGUGUGGCGCAUAUAUAUUGGCGCUCUCUUGUACCAAUAUUUAUGUGUUCAAAUAAAUAAAUAAAUAAAAAUGAUAGAAAAACAAUCGACCUCGUCCUGGAUCAGUUCAUACACUCUUAGAUAAAAUCUGCAUAUAAACGUAUUUCUGUUAACUUAACUUAUGCACCAUGUCAAAUCCACUAUGUGGUUGCAUGCAAGUUAUUCUUACCAAUUUUAAGCACUUUAGAUACUAAUUAUAAGAUACAUGUGUGAUGCAUACUACUUAUGCUGGCAGAUAUAAGUAGUAUGUAGCACCAGUCGGAAAUGGAACCGCUGGUAAAAGAAGAUCGCGAUGAAGAGAACAUGAAAGAAAUCUGAGAGCGAUUGUAACGACAACAGAGUUAGAGGCAUAAUCGCGUGUCUAAAGGUCAACGCAAAGAUGUGCGAAUAAUGUAUUCAGUGUAUGAUUUUUAUAUAUAUAUAGAUAUAGGUAUAUUGUACAUUGUUCUAAUCCUGUUUCUUAUUACAAUUUUAAUUCCUAAUUUUUUUUAUUUCUAAUUUAAUUUACAGGCACCUUGGUCUUUAACAUUCUGGGUAACCUAUGAAAAAAUACGUUGUCUAGCUGGAGUUGAUGGCUUUUAAUUGUUAAUUAAUAGAAUUUUAAGCAAUAUAGUUUAUUUCAGAUUGUUCUCUCUGCUAUUGGUUCAUAAUGGUAUUAAGUAGUAUUAGUAGUAGUAGUAUUAGUAGUGGUAGAUUAAUGGGAGAUACCCUUUAAAAAAAACAGUAUUGAACAAACAUUCUAUGUAAAAUUUAAUUCUAAAUUGUCUUUCAUUUGAAUUUGAACUUAGUUGUAAAGAAAAUUUCUAUUUUGAUUAUGAUUAUUAUCAUUCAUGUAAACUACCUAUUCAACUACUCGUUUUGCAAUAAAAUUAAUGUUUCUGUGUUAUUAUUAUUAUCAUCAUCGUUACUAUGUUUCAUCACUGAAUUCCGUGAUAUGGUCGAGGAUUAAGAGAGUUCAUUCUUUCUCUUAAAGUGCCUUCACAUAUUCACAUGUUUGUAGUUUUUGUUAAGAAAGUUCUAAUUACAUGGGCUUCAGUAUCUUGAAGGAACAAAUGGCAUAUGAACCAAUCGUUGGUCACCAAUUACCAUGAGACUGCAUCACCUAACAUUACUCCACUACCUUGUGGAUUAGAUCUUUAAGUCGAAGGCUCUGGGUGUGACCUAAGGAAACCACCUGCUUUGGUUUGGGCACCCGGGAAGUAUCCUAGCCCUCACAUAAAUCUAAUGAUUUAUGUAGUGCAUAUCUAUUUGAUGCCUUCUUGUAUCAAUGUUUAUAUGCUUCAAUAAAUAAAAAUAACUACCUUCCCUUUACGGACUUACUUCUGCAAAGUAGAUAAACAAAAAAAAUGAAUACACAUACAUAAAUAGUAGUUGCGUGACAUAGUGAAUGUAACAAAUGAAAUAGUUUAUUAAUAGUGAUAGUCAACUUUCAAUUGUCAACAGAAUAAAUUCUGUUAGAUUUCUUCAUGUUUCAUUAAAUAGCUUCACCUUCAAAUAAAAAACUCUAUACUGUUUUGAAUAAUUCCAAUAAAUAUUAAAGUAC